AUGGCCGCUCCCGCUGGCGCGCCCGCCGAGCAUGCCGGGAUGCUGGAGGGCUCCACCGUCGCGGCGCCCUCCAGUUUGUCGGCGUUUGUGGCAGAGCGCGGUUGGAGAGUUCGGCGCUGCCCCCGGGGCUGAACGGGUGACAGAAAGCGAAGAGCCGCCGGUGACAGGAGAAUGAGCGGGGGCAAGACGUCCAGAGAACACUUGGUCAAUGGCGGCGUGAAAGUGUCCGUCUGGAGUAAAGUGCUGAAGUGUAAUGCGGCCUGGGAGGAUAAGGAUGAGUUUCUAGAUGUGAUCUAUUGGUUUCGACAAUUAAUUGCAAUUUUUUUAGGAGUCAUCUGGGGAGUUGUUCCACUUAAAGGAUUCUUGGGAAUAGCAAUAUUUUGUCUCAUCAAUGCUGGACUUUUGUACCUCUACUUUAGCAGCUUCCAGCAAGUAGACGAGGAGGAGUAUGGCGGAACCUGGGAGUUAACAAAAGAGGGAUUCAUGACAUCUUUUGCAUUGUUUUUGGUGGUUUGGAUAAUUUUUUACACUGCAGUUCACUUUGAUUAAAGACUGAAAAUAGCUGCCUGUCCCUGUCAAGUUUAAAUUACAAAAGAGAAAUUAAAACACUUCAACUGUGUUUACAUUAUGAAAACUGGCAAUAGUUCAAAUGUUUUGUGCCAUCAAAUCACGGGACCUGUGAUGAAACCUUGGGAUAUCUUGCAGGAAGCAGUAUUCCCACAGAGGCUGUUUUAAUAUCUGCAAUAAUGUAUGGAACAUCCCAGGAAUCUUACAAGAUGUGGAUCUCUAUAUUAAGACUGUUUCAAGAGCUCCAGAAGCAUUGAAGUCUGAUGACAGCCAUGUCAAAGUGCAGCUUCCCUGUGUCAUACCCUGUAAUGUCGGUACUCUUGUUAGUAUCUGUUUUAAUUUAACAAAUGUAAAUUACUUGUAGAAUUGGAGAAGAAACAUUAAUUUUUGACUUGUACAUCUUUCAGAGUUUGUAUUUCAGUCUUUAUAAUGGAAAAUGAUUGCACCUUGGGUGGCAUUAAAAUUACAAGAGUGUUUUGUACCUGUUUUAAAGAUCCAAGUGUUCAGCCAGCAUUUCAAAAUUACACUCAUCCAGUAAGGGCCUAUUUCGAAUUUCCCAUCCUGACACCUAUUCUUGUCUUCCUCCUUUGUUUUUGUUUUGAUACAAAGAUGUUGUCUGGUUACAUGGAUAGCUACCAAAUACUCGAUUUUUGGGGUACAGUGUUUUGAAAGCUUUACCUGUCUAGUAAAUAUCAGAACAUUGACUAUCAGUAGAAGACCUUCUUGUCUGUCCAGGCUAGUCCAUGUAUUUGUUUAAUACCUUGUACAUCAUGAGAUAUUCAUGCACCAUCCAAUUGUUUUUUUAAACUGAGACUUUCCAGGAGAGACAAUAAAAACAUUUUAAAACCUGGGUCAAUGUUUGAGGAGAAAAUCUUGAUAUUUCCUCUCAACUCUUACCAGAUUGAAACUAGUCCAGAAAAUCACUGACUUCUGUUAAUUCCUUCCAUUGCUUCCUUUUUUGUAAGAGGUAACCUUAGCCACAAGUAGGAGCAGGUGCAACUCUUGCUUGAAGAAAUUUGAUGAAUUAGUAUCUACUACUGGAGGCAGCAGCACGUUACAGAGCUCCAGUAUUCUGUGACAAAAGAGCCACUAAGGCCUCAUCUUAUCCAUCUUAAAAUUAUGACCAUUGGUCCUCACCAGUCUCUAGAAUUGGAACAAAUUGCCAACUUUCGAGCCACUUAGUCCUUGAAUCAUCCUGAUCAAAUUGCCCUUGUGUCUGCUCUUCUCAAAAGUGGUGACCCAGCUCUCUUCUCUUGAUAAAUUCUAUUUUAAUACUUAGAAUGAGGUGCAAAACUAUAUAAAUGAGGCACGGUAGUGGGAGAAGUCAAUAUGCAACAUGAGUGACCUGCUAGAUUGUAUUAGUGCUGAAGGAGUGCAGUCGGUACUGCAUGUGGAAUUUGAGGUGAUCUCAAUUAUUAAAAUAUUCUUCAAAUAAGAUCACAGGUAUAUGGCUCAAUGUUCAAAUGUUGCUUUGCACCCUGAUGUUAUAGUUAAUAUUUUCAUUGCUGUGACCCACUUUCUUACAAAAUCCCAGUCUCCAGAUUUUUCUCUAGUGUUUCAUAGUAUGCAGUCUGUUUCAAGCUGAUGGACUCUGAAUUUUCAACAAAACUCCUCUUUAUUUCUUCUGUUCAGUUUGCUCAUCACUAACUGUGUACCAAGGUUCAAAUGAUCCGAAGAUUUUUUUUAAAGUUUGAUAAGAAGGAUGUGCCUGGGAGCCUUUAGAUAGCUGUCAGUAGUGAAUUCAGCAGCAACUUUGAGCUGCCUUUGAAAAGAUGAAGAACAGAAACAGUUAGUUUGGGCAUUAGAAGAGCAAAGGGCUAUGGUUUGUGCUUUGUCCAUAUUUGCUGUGAAUCUCUGCUGUGGUAGCACUGCUGGAUGCAGUGAGCAAGAGCUCAAUGCUUCUCCAUGGAUUUGAGUUUAAACAGACUACAUCUUUCUUACUCAUCCCACUCAACUGGAGUUAGAACCACGGCUAUGAUAGUCAUUUGACUUGUAUGUGUUGGGUAUGUUUCAAUGAUUUGUAUGCAGGAAGUCCCUGUUAAGGGAGUAGAGGAGAGCCACAUUCCUCAAAGCGAUCAUAACUUCUUGGGGGAAAAAAAAACCGACAGAUUUGCAGAUGCUGAGGAAGGGUCACCACACCCGAAACAUUAACUCUGAUUUCUCUUUACAGAUGCUGGCAAACCUGCUGAGGUUUUCCAGCAAAUUCUGUUUUUUAUUGUUGAUCAUAGCUUCUGGUUCUGUGAUGGAACCAUACUGAUUGCUGCUGUAGAGGCCUUGCAAAAAUAAGGGAGUAAAUAUUCCAUUCAAUUUAAAGAUGGUCUUGCACAUUGUAUCCUGUCUUGAGCAUGGACAUAGUUUAAAUAUUAAAAUAAAAGUACAAUUUACUUUGAUUAUAUAAUUUUAUUCUGAAAAAUCCUCCUGAGUGCAUUUUACAGUUGUCACAGUUUGACUUACUGCCUUGAAACUAAUGAAUAUCAAAGUAUGGAAAGUUGUGAUGCAAAGAUGUAAUCUGAAUGCAAUGGUUGUCUGAUCCUUUAUAUGUUAAUAUGAUUUCAUACUGUGCACUCUAUGGCCUUGUCUCUAUGAAGUGCCAGCUUCUUUUAGGUGGUGUCACUCUUAACUGAGUUAAAGGUUGUGGGUACACAUAGCAGCAUUGAAGGUAACUAUCUGGUCCAGGCUUAACAUAAAGACAAUACAGGCAGAAUGCUGCAUUGUUGAAGGUGCCACCCCAUCCCUCAGAAGUUAUGAAACCAAAGUUUGACUGCCUGUUCUAGUUGAUGUAAAAGAUCCAAUAUCACAGUUUGCUGAAGAACAGGGAGUUCUAGUGCCCUGACCAACGUUACUACCUCAGUCAACAGCACCACAACAAAUUUACUAGAUUUUUGAAAUCUUAUUUGCUGUUUCCAGCACUUUGUCCAAAUUGGUUUCUGCAGAUGCCUGUGUAACAUUGUCUACAUCAGACAGGAAACUAACUGGAUGUGAGGAAAUUUUGGACAUCUUAAGGGAACUCUCUCUUCUUUUCCUUGUAUCCCUCUCCUACAGGUUUGUUCCCCAUUGUCAGAAUUCUAAGGAAACAUUGAAUAAUCAGAUCUAAAUGUUAUUGUAUUUAUCACACACCAAAGCAGUUAGUCCUAACAACCCAAAUAAAGGGGAAUGUUGCUUGAGAUAAGAAUAGUUUUGAUGGAAUAGAAGGAGCAGAAGAGAAGUUCUUUAUUUUAUCAGAAUGACAAGUCAUUGCACUGGUAAUAUUGAUUUAGGAUGAAAGUUUGAAUUGUAUAAGUGCAGAUUGACCAUUAAAACCAUUUCUGAUGAGUGUUAAUGCCA